AUGAUGCACGAACACCUGGUCGGAAUGCUCAGCAAGAGAGCUUCGGCCUCGGUCGUCAGCGGACACAACCCCGCGACUGUGGACCCCAGCAACCCCCUCCAACUAUUCAUCAUCCAAGCAGGCAUCAUCAUCAUAUUCACCAGAAUUCUCGGCUUCUUCCUUGCCAAGAUCAAGCAGCCAAGUGUCAUCGCCGAGGUCAUUGGCGGCAUCGUACUGGGUCCCACUGUGAUGGGUCGCAUUCCCCACUUCACAGAACACAUCUUCCCUCAGCCGUCCAUUCCAUACCUCAGCUUGGUGGCGAACAUCGGCUUGCUCUUCUUUUUGUUCAUCAUCGGGCUUGAGAUCGACGUCAGCAUUGUCAGGCGCAACGCCUUCUCUAGCACAGCGAUCAGCAUGUCUGGGCUCAUUCUGCCUUUCGGCCUGGGUGCUGCGCUGAGCUACGGAAUCUACAAGGAUUUCAUCAACCAAGAGCGCGUCUCUUACGGCCAUUUUUUGCUCUUUGCCGGUACCGCCUUCUCCAUCACUGCGCUACCUGUUCUAGCCAGGAUUCUGGGAUCGCUCAACAUGGUGCAGACGCGCGUGGGGACCAUUGUACUUGCCGCCGGAGUAGGCAACGACGUCAUCGGAUGGGUGCUCUUGGCGCUCACGGUCGCGCUCGUCAACGCGCAAACAGGUGUCACAGCAGUCUACAUCCUGCUCGCCGUCGUCGGCUGGGCACUCGUCCUCUUCUUCUUGAUUAAGCCUGCAUUCAUUUGGCUGGCCCGUCGCACCGGCAGCCUGGAGAAGGGACCAUCGCAGCUGAUGCUUACUGUCACCAUCCUGCUGGUCUUUGCUAGCGGCUUCGUCACGGAUAUUCUGGGCGUCCAUGCCAUUUUUGGCGCUUUCCUCGUGGGCCUAAUCAUCCCGCACGAGGGAGGGUUUGCAGUGGCUCUCACGGAGAAGAUCGAGGACCUGGUUUUGACUACCAUGCUCCCGCUCUACUUUACCCUGUCGGGUCUUCGCACGCAGCUCGGCACGCUCGACGGAGGUCUUGUCUGGGGCUACACUAUCGCCAUCAUCCUCGUCGCAUUCAGCAGCAAAUUCUUGGGAUGUGCUACCGCCGCAAAGUUGUGCGGCUUCACCUGGCGGGAGACUGGCGCCAUCGGAUCACUCAUGUCCUGCAAGGGUCUGGUGGAGCUCGUCGUUCUCAACAUCGGUCUGCAAGCCGGCAUCCUCGACACGCGCACAUUCUCCAUGUUCGUCGUCAUGGCGCUUGUCACCACCUUUGUGACAACUCCCUUGACACAGCUGAUAUACCCGGCAAAGUACUACGAAGAAGAAGUCGACGCCAUCCGCGCUGGCUCUGACUCCAAGCUCGUUGACGACUCUUCCGACCCUAGUGCUGGUCGCCGCUCAGCAUUGACCGGUGCAGCGCGUCGGUUGUUGGUUGUACUAGAUGGCUUCGAGCAUCUCCCAGGUCUUCUCACCUUGAUGCAGCUCAUGCGUCCAUCUAUCGCCCCCAGAGUCGAUCCCACAUCGACUACAGGAUUGCGUCAAAGACAUUCGCAAGGACCGAGUGGGGCAGAGACUGAGGACGACAUCUCCGAGAAAGAGUCCGCCUCGUCCACCCAACAACAUCGCAGCAGCAACCCCAAAGCAGCAGUGGGCGUUAGUGCGCUGAGGCUGAUCGAGCUUACCGACCGCACCUCUGCGGUCAUGCGGGUUGCCGAGGCAGAGUCGACCCUGCGCGCAGACCCGAUCAUCAACGUCUUCCGCACCUUUGGUCAGCUCAACAACUUGCCAGUAGACAGCUCCAUGGCUGUUGUUAACGCAGACGAGUAUGCCAACACGGUCAUUGCGCGAGCGCAGCGAGCCCAGACCAAUUUCUUGGUCGUGCCCUGGACUGUUCCAGAGGGAUCGAGUGCUGCUCCUGUCACCGCAGCUCUGCAAGAGCAAGCUACCAGCGCAGGUGGCUUCCGCAGCAUCUCUAAUCCCUUUGAAACCAUCUUUGGCAACGCUUCUGGUGCCGAUGGAGUCUCAAGAUCACCCGAGAAUAUCGCCUUCGUCAGACGCGUCUUUCAGACGGCUCCUUGCGACGUCGGUCUCCUGGUCGAUAAGUCGACGCCUGCUGCGCCAGGAUUCUUGGCCGGACAGCAGCAUGUGCUCGUAGGCUUCAUGGGAGGGCCCGAUGACCGCUCUGCCCUCUCACUCGUUCACGCGCUUUGUGAAAGCAACCUGUCCCUCAGAGUCACCGUCUUGCGCUUCCGCCGCAUCGGUGCCGACGAAGCGGGAGAGGCUCCGAUUCCAAGCAUGCCUCCAACAGUCCACCAUGCUCAGCACGCCCGUGCUCCUACUACAGGGGCUGGUGCACACGUUCAAGAUACUAUGUAUCCGACUAUGCAGGGCACUUCUUCCAUCGAGGCGACUCUGGAGGAUGACAUUGCAGUCAAGAAGGUGGAAGAUGCCAGCUCUUCGGGUGCGCUGUCCGGACGGCUCGUGGUCAAGACGAUCUCGACCUCCAGGCCCCUGCGCGACUUCAUCCGCGCCGUCGACGAAGUGCAACCUACGCUGAUUGUGUGCGGCAGGGGCCGUCGAAUGCCCACCAUGACGCAUCGCGAUGAAUUGCGAUUCUUGAUUCGCAACGGGCUAGUGGAUCCACAGGCGGCGGAGAACCUCAACGACGAUUCUGCCAGCACAAAGGAGAAUGCCAGCACAGAACGAGCUCUCAGCUCGGAGACUUGCAAGACUAUAGGCGAGCCAGCUAUGGCCAUCACUAGGUUCGCCACUACUGGAGCUUCCUGCUUGGUUGUUGCUGCAAGUAUGCGAGCCAGGCACAUCGCGCAAGCUUGA